AUGGCAAACAAAUUAGAUGAACACCAACAAAUAAUAGAGAAUGCAGACACUGCCGUCAAUAUCAGUCUUGUACAACAAUCGGCACACAUACCAACAACAAAAAUUGGUGGACGUGGCUCGGUAUUUCGAAAAAGACGUCGAGCAACUGUAAAUAGUGUAUCAAAUCAAAAAGCAUUUGAAAAUAAACUAAAACAAUAUCGUUCACAAUUUGCUCUAAAUGAUAAUGAUUACUGUGAUAUAACAAUUUUACACGAUGAUGGUACCAUUGAAAUAUUAAAAUCUGUUCGUGUACAUUCAUCAGGAUCCUUAAACAUUAACGAAUUUACAGCAUCAAAUAAUGCCAACAAGUGUCAAACACUCCAUCUAAAUGAUUUUGAUAGAAAUUAUUGGCAUAUAUUAUUUGGACAUGAUACUGAGGAUAUUAUCGAACUUAUGCAACGAUGUCAACACCAAUCAAUCGAAGAUACACCACAAUUUACUCAUAAUAAUAACGAUAAUUAUUAUCAUCAACAAAAACCUUAUAUAAGGUAUUCAGAUUCUAUAUCAAAUAACUAUUAUCAAGAAUUACAAAGAGGACGAUAUCAUUAUCAACAACCAAUGAUUCAAAGACAUCCAUUUUCACAGUCGAGAUAUUCGUCAGCUUAUCAAAACUAUCCAUAUUUAUAUAAUACCAAUGAUUACGUUAAUCCGUAUGUAGAUGAGAAUAAUCUAUCGAGUCAACAAAAAAAUGACAAUAAUGCACAAGACAGUAAUAAUAUUACCAAAUCGAAAAAAAAACGACGGAAGUCAAGAUUACUAGAAUCAAAUACAAUCACUGUUAAUGAUGAUUUGACAAAAGAUUCUUCUAGCGAUAUCAUCAUUACUCAUACAAAUCCAUCGACUACUAACGACAUAGAUAAUUCAAUUAUUAAACGAAAACAAAAACGGAAGCCCAAAAUACCUUCUGCAGAACCACCAAUAACAACAACAACAACAGCGCAGUUAAUCAAUACUUCUAUACCGUUUCAAAAUGAUUUAAAUGAAAACAGUUCGAAAGUGAAUAAAAGACGAAAACGAAAGCCAAGAUCUAAAGUCAUUGAGACAAAGACUACAACCGAUGUAAAAGACAUUUCUCCAUCUAACAAUAAUAAUAGUAAUAAUGAUCAAUUACCAAACGAAACAUUGUCAGCUCUAAAUGUGUCGAGAAUAUUAAACAAAAAAUCAAAACAAAGACGUAGAAGAAAAAAUUUUGAUUCUUCCAACCUUCUCGAACCAGUUACAAUUGUAAAAAAUGAACUACCAGUACCUGAUAACACAAACAAAUCUUCUGAAUUACCUUUAUCUGACAAUAUAAUACAAUCAGAUACCUCUCAGCAUCCAAUGCUGGUGACAGAUCAGUCGAAACCAAUACAUGUGAAUAAAAGAGGGCAAUGUAAAGACAUGCCACAUACCGAGAUUAUAAUCGAUAAUCAGCAGACUCUAUCUUCGAUGCCUGAUUUAUUAGAAUCUACAGACAACGUUAAAGUUCGAAAACGUCGACAACGCAGACGCCGUAAAUCAAAAAUCAAUGAGCCAGAAAGUACAAAACAAUUAGAUGCUAAUAGUAUCGGUCUAAAUUUGUCUAAUGAAGUGAUGAAUGAGCAAAAUUCACCAUCAGCUAUUGAAAUCAAUAUUAAGUCGACCAAAAGAAGAAAACCGUCGAGAAAAAAACCUGUAAUAAUUGAGUCUUCUCCUACAAUGCAGUACAACGAUCAACGUAUAACAACACCACAACCAAACGCAAUUGAUAAAAAACAAACUAAAACACCGAAAUCGGCGAAACAAAAUGUGAUCAUAUCUGACGACAAUUAUCAAACAUUAAAUACUGUUUCGGUUACGCUGACUGAUGGACAAUAUAAUCAAUCUAAAACUGAACAUUUGACUCAUAUUACUAGUCCUAGUGAUAAUCCAUCAGAGUUAAUUAAUCUUUUAUCCAAAAAUACAAUAAUAAAUGAUGACAAUUUUGAAAAACAGCAUAAUAAAAGAGUAGAAAACAAACCAACUGUCGAAGAUAAAAACAGCUCUAGUACCGCUAUCAGUACUACUCCUAAUAUGACUCAACAGAAAAAAGAAGAUAAAAUAGAAAGUCCAACGAAAUGUAUAGUAGUAGAACAACAAAAAGAUGAGGAGGAAAAAUGCGGUAAAAAUAAAAAUUUAAAAAUAGAAAAAGAAGAAAAAGAACGACAAAAGCGGAAUAAUGAAGAAAAACUUUUAGAAAAACCAAAUAUGUCGUCGUUGUCGUCAAUGUCUGAAAAAAAUAAUAAUAUUUCUAUUCCACAUGAUAAUAGUCGAACGAUGGAAAUUUUAAAGCAGAACAAUAAAGACGGGAAUAAUAAUAUUCAAUGCGAAAAAAUAGACGAAGAACAACGAGUAGUUGUAUCUGCUGAACAGACAAUUUUUUUUCAAAAUAAUAAUUCCAAUACACAGAACACCACUAUUUCUAUGUUUGAUGAACGAGAACAACAUCAGCAAAGCAAUACGAAUAGUCUUACCAAUAACGUUGUUAGUGAUAAUCAAAAUACAGAUAAAAAAACUUCCAUCCCGCAGCAAUCAAAUAUCAAUAACGACACCACAUAUGACACUGUUACAACAAAGCAAUCACAGUUUAAUAAUGAUUUUAUUUCAAAUGAGAAGAACGAGCCGAUAACAAUGACAUCAACAUCGACAGUAAAAAGAAACAAUAAUACAACAAUAAAAAAUAAGUAUGACAGUGAAUUGAAAACAGAAAAUGAAACCAUGGAUGAAGAAUCAAGUAGUAAUGCUAAAAAAUCCUUACAAAUUUCUACUUCUGAAAUAGCAAAACAAUCAAUUGAUGAUGCACGAUCCGAUUUCGAACAACUACCUAGUAAUUUACAUGUGUCGUCAACUGAAUCUGAGCAGGAACAUAGUAAGAAAGGUCGAAGUAAAGUAAAAUCUAAACCAUCGUCUACAGUUGACGCUAAAGUUGCUUCGUUAAUAUCCUCUGAUCUUUCUCUUUCACCUCGCACACCCUCGUCGUUACCACAAAGUCCCAAAACAACAACUAUCACUAAUAUAUCAAAACGUUUACCAUCUACGUCUGUUGAGGUAUCUGUAGCUGAUAUUUUGUCAAAUGAUGAAAAGCGUGCUUCUGUUAGUGUUAAAGACAAUGAUAUAGAUCAACCAACAUCAGGAGUAAUGAAUACUCACCACCAUUUUAAUUCAUCAAUACAACAACAAAAUAAAACGAUACCUACUGGUCCUAAUCCAGAGCAGGAAACAUCUCAAAUGGGAAAAAAUAUGGAUUUAAAUGAAGCCAGUAGAGAACUAGCUCGUCUACUACAUAUAGGCUCCCCAUCUUCUUCCAACAACGAGAGAAGGCAUUCAACCUACGUUAAAUUGGAUGAACGAGUAUUUGUUAACAGUCAUUUAAAUCCGGAUGCUACUACUUUCAAACCGUUAACCAUGUCUCCGACAUACCGUUCUGAAUUAGCUCAACACAAUCGACGGCCGCACGCCGAUUCACGCUUACGUUAUUAUUCAGAGUCAUAUCGUCAGCCUAGUAUUCGACCACUUUUACCAGAAUAUCACUCAUGGCAACAACAGCGAUAUAAUAGUAAUACUACCUCACAGUUAGGGAACUGGAAUCCGGCGUGGCAUCACCAUCAGCACCAACAACAUCCAAAAGAUCGCUCGUUGACUAUUGGUGAUGGUAGUUCAAAUGAAUACUCCAGUGUACCAGCUUAUCAUUCACGAAAUAACACGGGAAAUUAUCCCUUAUAUUCUCCAUUGUCAAAAUAUAGCGAAUAUGAUUACGACUAUAGUGACACAUCAUACAGAAAUCGUCAACGUACGUAUUCCGGUAAAACAUUUGUAUUUCCAGCAGCUAAACCAUCAUCGUCUACCUCAAAAAAAAGUGAAUCACAGAGAACACGUUCUCAAUCUGGACCCGGUGCUCAUCAACAUCUCAAUGGCGUCCAUUCACUCACACGCAUUAUGGUUGAUGUCUUGAAAAUGAUUUCAUAUUCACCAAGACAAACACCAUCACCUGGUCCGCAACAAGUACCGACAACUCCAAAGACGGGAUCGGCGUCAUCGUUAUUGAAACAUUACACGCCAUAUCAACACAAAUAUCAAUAUCGACCAUCAUAUUAUUCAAAAAGAGUGGUACAUCACGAAUCAUUAGAUCAGGAGGACGUUUUCGAGGAAUUACCAUCAAACCAGAAGCAAGAGCAUACAUCUGAUGAAAUACCAGAUGUAUCGCAAAAAAUAAAUGCUUCUGCACAAUCCUCUAUCGUACAGGAAAAAGAUGUAUUCAACGAUAGAAAACAAGCAUCAUCUAAUGAGCCAGUAUCUACAUUUCGGACACAAAAUGAAAUAUUGACAAAAACCAAUGAUUCUGAUGAACAUAGUAAUUUUAAAUCGACUAACGAUUUAGAAGAUAAAAAUAAAAAGGAUGAUGUUUGUACAUCAAUAGCAACAGCAGAACAACAACGUAUACCAUCCACGAUAGUUGUAGAUGAACAACACAAUUUUUUUAACAAAAACGAUACAAAAACGCCUGUUAGUCAAAUGAAUGAUACUGCAGAACCUGCCACAGAACCAACAAAAAAAAAUAUUGAAUGCCAACACGUGCAGCUGUUAGACGAGAAUUUAUAUGAUGAGAUUAAUAAUAGCAGUAAUAAAAGUAAUAAAAAUAAAAUGCAGGAAAUAACUACUUUAAAUAUAACACCUACGCUUGCACAACUGAAUGAUAAUGGUGAGAGGAGGAGAGAUGACGAAAAUCACACAACAUCUAAAAUAAAUGUCACAACAUCAGCUAUUAUGAAUAAUACCAACAGAAGUAAUGAGAAUAAUAAUAAAAAUUUGCAACUACUAGAAGAAGAAAAAUGGGAAAAAGAACAAGAAACGAAUCAACAAAAAAAAAUGCAAUCAUCAACAACGAAUAAAUACAGUCAGGAAGAAACAGAACAAGGAAAAAAAAGUCCAACAGAACAAGGAAAAAACGAAACUAGUAAUGUACAAAUACUAACAUUACUAAACAACAAUGAAAAGAAAAAAUCCAUAGACGAGCAUGCAAAUAACAAUAGCUUAAACAAUAUUAAUGAGCUUUUAAUAGAAAACGAAAAUUAUAGUAAGGAAAAAAGUGUAAAGGAAAUGAAUGAUAAAUCAGAAGAAAAAACUAAAACUAGAACAAAAGAUGAAUCACAACACUUUAAAGCAAUACCGAUAACCGUCCAUAGGAGUAGUACUAUUAAUAAUAAUGAGAAAAAGUCUAAAAAAUCUUAUGAUGAUAAAAUAAUUGAAGAUGCAGAUGAUAAUAAUAAAAAACAAUUGUAUAAUGAUACAGUGGACGAUGAAUUUAGUAAAAAAAAGAAUGUUUACGUAGAAUAUGGGAUGGACAAAAUUGUCGAAGGUGUAAGAGAAGAAGAAAAAGAACAGAAGAAAAAAAAUGAGACGAAAAAAAUUAUGCAUAACCAAAUAACGAUAGGUGAAAAAAUAAAGAAUCCAGAAAAAGACGAAAAAGAAGAAAAAAUAAUCGGAGAUGCACAAACAAAUUCUGAUUCAGUUAGAACAACACAAGAAAGCGUAGUUGAUGCGGCGCUGUCCGCAGAUCAUAUUAGUAAUGGACAACAAUCAUUUGAAACUACUUUACAACCAAAUAAAAUCCUAAAUAUUCAUUCAACGGAAAUUGAAAAUAAUAAAAACAACAUGGAUCAUCGUUUGACACAACAACAUCAACCGUACGAUAGUACAGUUCGCAUAAGUCGCUCAGAUACUCGAACAUCAGUAAAACCACAGCCUAUCGUCACAUCAUCAUCGUCAACUGUCGGCUCUCUCGUAUCUAGUACAGGCUCAGCUACAUUAGCAGCAAUCGAUAGUAAUUUACCACGGCAUUCAUUACAUAUUUACACAGCAUCUGUUACUAGUCCAACGCGGUCUACUCAUCGUGAACCAUCAUAUCCAUCACUUUCUCGUUUUCGUUCACCACCACCAAAUCAGGGCAGACAUUAUCUCGAUACUAGUGAUGAAGAAAUAAUAUUAGAAGAAAUCCUUGAGACGACCGAUAUUAAUCAUUAUCCAACAUUAAUAGAAAGGUGGGGUGAUAAACCAACAUAUAGAACAGAAGGUGAAUUAAAAAUCGAAGAAUUAGUAGAAUUUGAAGAAACUGAGCCUACAAUUAGCGAAGAAAUUGUCUACGAAUUAGUUUACGAAAAAAAUAAACUUCGCUCUUGUCGACAACUAGAUCGAUCAAGGUCAGAAUCGAGAAAUUUUCGUAAAAUACGUAAACGUCGUACCAAACGUAAGCGAAAACCAGGUGAGGAUUCAAUGACAACUGAUACCGAUGGAAAUUUAUCCGGUACAGUAUCUGAAUCAAGUUCAAGGCAAAGUUCGGCUGGUCGAUAUCGAGAUGAAUCAUCCUAUUACCAACACUUAUUUUCUAGUCCAGAUCGUUCGAAUCUACUGAAUAUUAAUGAUUAUUCUGGACAAUUAACGCCCACUGCAUCGACGAUAGACAGCAAUAUUACAUACUCUCGACCUCCAACAGAUACAACUGAAAAACGUCGAUAUGUUGAUGGUACAUAUGAUGUAAGAAAAACAUUGAUUAACGAGGAUACACAUUAUCCUCAUGAAACCCGAUCAAGAAAUGAAGCUAAUAAUAGAAAUAAUUUAAAUUCAAUAAUUUCUACUUCAACUAUCACUGACUCAAAUCUAAAUUUAAUUAAAAAUGAGGAGCCUAUUUCAAGCAUCUCUACAUCUAUUAAUUCGAAAAAGAACUAUAUAUCAGAAAUUGAGCGUUCAUCUACCCAACCAUCAUUACAACCCGCAAAAUAUGUACAAACAAGGACAAUAACAUCAUUUACCCAACCGUAUAUAAGUCAGAUACAAAUCAAUGAGUCAGAUUCAAAGACACAGCCACAUUCUACAAGCAUUGACGAUAAACAGGGUGGUUCGUUUGUUAGCAGAGUAUUUAGUAGCGGUGAGAGAGCAAAUGUUGUUACUGAAAGUGAAAUUGUUGAUCAAAAAGCGUAUGAUUUACUUGAACAAAUGAAGACUAUCCAAAAUAAAAUUGACAAUAUCACAAAUGAUAUUGAAAAUGAAGAUGACAUACUAAGUGUUGACGGCGAUGAAAUAACUGACAAUGAAGACUUUGGUCCACUACCGAUUAUCACUAAAGAACACGGAGUAACAAAAAUAACACUUUCAGCUUCGAAUGAAGACUUAUCUGAACAGUUUGUUGAAAAUGAAUCGUCAAAUCAAAUUGAUCGAAUAGCCAACGAAUUAGUUUCUAAAGCCACGAAUGACGCAUUAUUUGGGACCCAUCAUCGACCAGAAACUAUUGCGUCACAUCAAAUUCCAGUAAAUGUCGACGAAGUACUCCCAUCGGCUACCUGGGAUGAUCUAGUUGGAAUAACAUCUGUUACCCAUAAUCUGGAAGAACCUGCCACUAAAGAACAACCGGUUGAUAUUAUACCCAAAUCAAUAGGUGAAACUGAAGUAACCCAAGCGACCGUUACUUCAAAAUGGGAUGAUUUACAUACAGACAGGCCAAAAAAUGAAACAUCCGGAAAAGCACCAGUCGAAAUUAAAUUUGACCAACCAAAGCGUUCAGACAUUAAGCUGCAGCCAAAAACUAAAACUUUACGAAACAGUUCAGUCGUAUCAGGAGGAAAACAACCUAACGAAGAUGAAUCAUUUAACCAGUCUGGUUUACUUGACGCACUUAAGGAUGCUAUUUUAAAUGUUGGUGAAACGGUACAAACUACCAUUAAAACGUCAUUACCAUCGUUAAUAAUUGAACAAGAAGGCGAGAAUAAAGGAGAAAUAAAACUGUCCAAUAAAAUUGUACAACAGACAAUAUCCGAUGACUCGUCCAUACAACGAAGUUUAUUAAAAAAUGUGCAGAAAUCUCUCAAAGAUACGGCUUCUAGUGCGACUGAACAGAAUUUAAUCUCUGAUACAGCCUCGUCAACUCAAAGUAAAUCAAUUAUUGAAAAACAACAACAGUUAACAAAGGAUGCAACAAAUAUCGACGAAACAAUCGAUUCAAAUGGAAAGAAAUCAACGGUAACAAAUAUACAGACAGCCAACCUAGACUCGACAAACAAACUACCAUUGGAGAAUAAACAAGUAGUUGAACAAACGCAAUUAAGUCCAAUAAAAUCAGAUACCACUGAUGCAAUAAAAGGCCGACAAGAAGCCAUCAUUGACAAACUGCGACAAACUGAUGAUCAAACGUCUUCACCACAAAAAGCCUCAUCGCGAACCGACGAUGAAAAGCCAUUGCAAUCAUUGAGUCUGACUCAAGAAAAAGUAUUCAUUAAUGACAAACCGACAUUAAUGCGAGCAUCGUCAGAUACCACUGAUGAAGUAAAAGACGAACAUGAAACUAUUAUUGACAAACUUCGACAAAAGGCCAGUGAUACAGCACAAAAAGUGAUUGAUAGUAUCCCAUCAUUGACAAGUACAAAACAACCUUCAACAGACGAUUCUACUACCCAGAUCGAAACCAGCUCAGAGCCAUCUCAACCAGAACCAAGCCUGUUUGACAACGUUCGACAAGCGGUCAUUGCUCCACUGACAACAGCGUCUGAAACCAUACAGAAAGUAGUGGAUGGUUUACGUCCCACUUCUGACACCGAUGAGAAAACCACAGCACCACAAACGCUCCUUCAACAAACCGAAGAUCUUAAAGCUGAACCAAAGAUCGAUGGCUUGUAUGAAAUUGUCAAUAGCAUUAAUAACACAAUCGACGAGGUAAAAAGUAGAAAACCUGUGACACAGGUUGAACAAGAGCCAGUAUCGUCAGAUACCACUGAUGAAGUAAAAGACGAACAUGAAACUAUUAUUGACAAACUUCGACAAACCGACACAGCUUUACAGAGUUUACAUAUUACUGACAACAAAGCAUUAAAUGAUUCGCGAGAGAAUACGGCAUCAGUAGCAGAAUUAGGAAAAGUUAUAGAAGAAUUAGAGGAGGAAAUAUUACAACUGAAUGCGAAAGAUUAUAUUAAAACAAUAUCAUCUGGAAAGCGUGAUAAUGACAUAGAAAAUAUAGAUGAUGCGAAUAGAAACAUUUCAUCAAUCAAUGCUGUUGCUAUCGAACUACCAGUAACAGAUUUAGAACAAAAUAUUUCUGGUCAAAAUGAGAAACUGAAGGCUCAACAAGAAAUCCGUACUAUUUCUUCAAUUUCCCAAGAGCCGUCGAAGGCAUUGUCAGCGAUAGCGGUAACUUCAGAGCCAAUAGCAUCAGGAGCGGAGGUCAAACCCGUUGAAAAUAGUAGUGCAACAUUUUUCGUUCCUGAUAUUGAUACAGCAACAUCACCCGACGACGGAAUCAGAAAUUUGUGGAAACAUCGACAUUACGCACAUCAACAAAGUUUGUCACCUUCAAUAACAUCCCCAACAAUUGACAGUAGGCAAUCAUCGCCAGAAAUCCCUCGCAUUGAUAUAAAAUCAGAAUUUAGCUUUGACGAACAAAAAUUUGCCGAUAUACAGCCAACAGUUUACUUCGAACAACAGCCAAUAUUUGAUGAUACUACACUAGAUGAGCCGGAAUCAGAUGCUGCCAUUCCAUAUUAUGAGU